AUGGACGUGUCGCCCUCUAUCCAGACGUCGCCCUCAUCAAUCAUGAUUGUCGGCCCCAACGUGCUCAACACGGACGUCUUGGAUCCAACAACGGACGUGUACCGCCGCGUCAUCGUCGCCGCCGGCGCCAUUGCCGAGGUCGGAUUUGUGGACUACGCCGUGCGCACGAGCGAAUUGGCUUCCGAGUUUGCUCUCACGGAGGCAGCUGCACGUUGGGCAAAGGUUCAUCACGAAGACUUAGAAAUGGCGGGUGGUCAAAAUGAGAGCAAAAUUUGA